GAUGCGAUUGUCAUAGAAACAGCAUCACGAAAUGAUGAUGAUUUUAUCCCAAAUAAAGGGGGAGGCUACAUCGUGCAACAUAGCUCAACAAAAAUUGAAAAAGCCACACAUUCCAGAAUCUUCGAUGCGAGCUGACUGCAGAGUUUGAGGUGUUCCCUAGCCAAUGGAAUGCUUAGAAGGUCUGAAGGAAGAGGGCAGUUGACAUAUACAUUUUAAAAAGAUCCGAUCCGAUGAUGUUUAGAAUAUUUGAAAGAACGCGUGGCGCUGUUGUAUCAUGGGGUCGAUCAGGGAAACACGGUUUCCCCAGGCUAACAGAUUUUUCAACAGUAGCCGGAGCAGAUACUUCAAACAAUGAUCGAAAUGGGCCUCUUAUUGGACAAGAUGAUAUACCGAAAUUGGUUAUUUUUGACAAAAAUGGCACAUUGACAGAUUUCAAUGCAAAAUGGAGUCCAUGGAUACAAAAUACAACCAUGCGGAUAAGAGACAUGACAGGACUGGAUGUAUCAGGCAAAGUUUAUGAUCAGCUGGGGUUCUGUGAUCUCACACAGAAAACUAAACCAGGGCUUCUUUUAGCCGAAGCUACGGUCACUGAAAUCAAACAUCAUUUGAUAGAUAUCCUCCAAAAAGAAGGAAUGAAUGAGGAAGAAGCAGCAUGGACGGUUGAACAGAUUUGGGAGGAGGUUGAUUCCGAACGAUUAGUAAAACUAGAUGAUCUAGUCACAUUGUUUCGUAUCUUGACUGAGGAGGGUAUAAAAAUAGCAGUAGCUACUCGGGAAUCACGAACAUCAGCACUUCAAGCGAUGAAAAAUCUCGGUUUGAGACAAUAUAUCAGUGCUAUGGUAUGCGGUGAUGACGUCAACACAAAGGCGCGCCCUAGUGGCCAUAAUAUCAAAUUAAUCUGUCAAAUGUUGAACAUAAAUCCGCAGGAUACUGUCUUGAUCGGGGACACUGCAAAUGAUAUGAUAAUGGGCAGAAACGCGGGUGCUGGCGCUGUUGUUGGAGUUCUAAGCGGUAUAGGAACUAUAGAAGAUCUCAAACCAAUCGCUAAUAAUACGGUGAACAGCGUUAUGGAGGUCCUUCCACUUAUACUUCCUGAAGCUAAAUUCAGAGAGUGUGUGGAAAGGCAUGGACUGGUAGCUAAGAAGAAAGAAGCCCAUUUGCCAGGAAGAAAGAAGUCCCUGGUAAUAUUUGAUAAGGACGGAACGCUUAUUUGUUUUCAUUCCAUGUGGCGACCAUGGAUAAUGAAACUCUCAAAGAGAUUAGAAAAUGCUACUGGAUUAAAGUUGGCAGAUACGGUGUUUGAACGAUUGGGAUUCUCUAAGGAAACUGAUAAAUUCCUACCAGGCGUAGUUGCUGAAGGCACACAAACGGACGUUCAAAACGAACUCUUCAAAAUCCUUGAAGAAAACGGUAUAAGCCACGAAGAAGCCAGGUCCACUGUUCAACGAGUCUGGGACGGCUGUGAAGUCCAAGACUCGGAGUCCCUUAAGUCAGUUGGUGAUGUGUUACCCACGUUCAAAAAGCUAAAGCAGUAUGGUAUCAGAAUAGCUGUGUGUACGUCAGACUCUCGCCAGGGAACAAUGGAAACGCUGGACAAAUUGGGCCUGAUGGAAUAUGUUGAUGCGCUCGUCUGUGGGGAUGAUGCCCGUUCUGAGACGAAACCGUCACCGCAAAAUGCUUACACCAUCUGUGAUGCACUCAAUGUUGAUCCAUCUGAUACUGUCAUGGUCGGGGACACAUUAGCUGAUAUCGGAAUGGGAAGAUCCGCCAACCUUGGGGCAACAGUGGCUGUGCUUACUGGUGUAUGUGGACCAGAGGAACUAGCCGACGCAGACCACGUAGUACCAAGUGCUAUACACGUGUUGCCCAUUGUUCUCCCUGACGACCAUCACAAUUUAGGAAAUGUGGACACAUCUACAAAUCUUUCUGUACCCCAAACUAGAUCAUAUUCAACGUGUCACCAGUCAUCGCCCAAAUUACUGAUAGCAAGAAAUUCAAGAUAUCAUCAAUGUAAUCAACCAAUAAGAAGACAAUAUAGCACGAACAGUUUAUCAAAGAAGUAUGACUAUGUUAUUGUUGGCGCAGGAUCUGCAGGGUGUGUGUUGGCAAAUAGGCUAACAGAGGAUCAAAGUAAAAACGUACUCCUUCUUGAAGCAGGACCCAAGGAUUAUUGGUGGAACUGGAAAAUCCACAUGCCCGCUGCAUUGAUGUACAAUCUGUGUAAUGAUAACUACAAUUGGUUUUAUCACACAGUGCCACAGAAGAAUGUAGAUAACAGGGUCAUGUACCAGCCUAGAGGUCGCGUAUGGGGUGGUUCUUCAUCACUUAAUGCAAUGGUAUAUAUCCGUGGCCACGCAUUGGAUUAUGAUCGCUGGGAAUCCGAAGGCGCUAGGGGUUGGUCGUAUGCGAACUGCUUACCAUAUUUCAAAAAAUCCCAGACGCAUGAGCUUGGGGAAAAUGAUUAUAGAGGGGGCUCUGGUCCUUUACAGGUGUCACGUGGAAAAACGGGGCAUCCUUUACAUAAGGCAUUCAUAGAGGCAGGAGUUCAAGCUGGAUAUCCUUAUACGGAGGACAUGAACGGGUUCUGCCAGGAGGGUAUGGGAGAAAUGGAUAUGACCAUACACAAGGGGCGCAGGUGGAACACCUCUCAAGCGUAUCUUAGGCCAGCUCUGAGUAGACCAAAUCUGGACACAGAAACAAAAGCGUUCACUACACGUGUCCUGUUCUCUGACGACAAGGCUACUGGAGUUGAAUAUGAGCAAAACGGUGAACUGAAACGUAUUGAAGCAAAUGAGGUUAUCCUUAGUGGAGGUGCAAUUAAUUCCCCGCAACUACUGAUGUUGUCUGGCAUUGGAAACGCGGACGAGUUAAAAGCACUUGAUAUUCCAGUGCAGACCCAUCUUCCUGGGGUUGGUGAAAAUCUUCAAGAUCAUCUCGAUUUGUAUAUCCAACAGAAGUGCGUUAAACCCAUAACUCUCUAUACGGCGCAGUGGAAAUUUCCCCAUAACAUGGUCAAGAUUGGCUUACAAUGGUUGGCAACCAGGACUGGUUGGGGAGCAACAGCGCAUUUAGAAUCGGGAGGAUUGAUACGUAGCCGACCUGGAAUCGCACACCCAGAUAUCCAGUAUCAUUUUCUCCCGUCUGUCGUGCUCGAUCACGGACGUACAAGUGGAAACUGUCACGCCUACCAGGUCCAUGCAAGUCAGAUGCGACAGACCAGUAUUGGGAACAUUAAGCUGAAAUCCAAAAACCCGAAGGACCAUCCUUUAAUUGAUCCUAACUACCUUGCGACCGAAAUUGACAUUUGGGAGCUUAGACAAUCAGUAAAACUGUCCAGGGAGAUUCUUGCACAGAAAGCGUUUGAUGAGUAUCGUGGGGAGGAAAUUUCUCCUGGCCCCAGUGUCGUCACUGAUGACGAAAUAGAUGCCUGGGUACGCCAAGCAACGGACACCGCGUACCAUCCAAGUUGCACGUGCAAAAUGGGAUCUACUGAUGAUCCAAUGACUGUUGUUGACAAUCAAGGUCGGGUAUUGGGUAUAGACGGUCUCAGAGUAGUAGAUUCCUCUAUUAUGCCAAGUGUCGUGAGUGGAAACCUUAAUGGACCAACAGUUAUGAUUGCUGAGAAAAUAGCAGAUGCCAUCCGUGGAAGAGAUCCACUACCGCCGAGUGACGCAGCAGUGUGGAAGCCAGAAACUCUUGAAACACAAAGAUAAAACCCCUAGCACAAUGCAUCUAUUUAUGAAAAAUCAUAACCUGUGACAACAACUUCUAUUAACAGACCUUUCCAACAAACCAUGUCCCAUUUUGGUACAUCAAAGAAGCGAUGAUAUAUUGGCUAUCAUAGGUUUUUAAAAUUAGCAAUUAGUUAAUGCAUAGUAGGUACUAUAAGUUACAUUCUUUUACAAAUACAACACUACUGAUACAAAUAUAUUGGCAAAAUAAAAUGAUUUUUAACCGAAGUUUUAUAUACAGUAUUUAUACAUGUAGUUAUUUUAUUACUGUAAUAUUCCCCCGUCUCUCUUAUUGGUUUAUACCGUACACGUGGCCAAAAAUAAGAAGACGUAUCCAUUGGCCAAACACUGUGAUGCCAGUGGCGUUAUACUACAAUUACCGUUUUCAGCAGAUGUGGCGUUUUAAAUCUAAAAUCCAUAAAUAACACAAACAAUACAAUUAAAGGUACAAAAAACGAAGGUCGAUAGUCAUACUGUCACAUCCCAUACUGUUUUCGAUGAAUACCUGUUACACUUUAAAUGAUUCACCAAGUGUAUUCACCGAAGCACGAAGGGCCAGGGGAAUACACCUUGCUAGGAUCAUUGAAAGAUGAACAGGUAUUCACCUCAA